AGAAUUUGAUAAUAUAAUAUUGUUUAGGGGUGGUUUUUGAUCUUGGGUUUUGCUUUACUUCUCCACUUAGAUGAUGAGAUAAUGAUGUGCCCACCCUCAAAUCGAAUGCUGGACAGCAUACUGAAACCGGUGAGGCAGAGAGAUUGUGCAUGAAAUAAAAGGGUAAGAGAGAGAAGAGACGACGAAGACACACACUCUCUCUCUCUCUCUGUCUCUCUCUCUGUCUCUCUCUCUCUUUCAUGAUUGAUUCCAGUUGGGUUCAAACAGAAGCCAACUGGGUCAGGUAAAGUUUUUAAUUGGUGAGGGUAUUCUUUGAAAAAGUUUUCACUAUUGAUACUAAUUCUAGCUGCACGAAGCCGUAAGAGCCAGAAAAGAACCGGAUAUAGAAAAGGCCCAAUUUUUUUCCUUACCUCAUAAAUGAUUCCCUCAAAGAUUUCCCCAAAAUAACAUUUGGGUUUGGUUCAAUUUCCUGUUUGGGGUGAUUAGUUUGGUUCUGUUGUGUUCUUCAAAUGAGGUUUUGAUGGGAUUUUAAUGCUUAAUACGGCAAGAGAAAGGAAACUUAGUAUUGAACCAUAAAGUGGAAUACUAAGAAGAGAUCAGAAAGGUGGACCACCUUGUUUUCUUGGUCUGGUGAAUGAUUAGAAUCCAUUUCUUGCCAGUUUUCACAUUAUUCUUUGUGGAUUCUGAGUGGGGUUUGUUUAUAAAACAUCGAUUUGGAUGAGUUGCAUGAGGUGGGCUCUUUGCACUUUGGCUUCCCAAUUUGAAUAUCAUUCUUGGGUUCUUGUUUGGGAGGUGCGAUUUUGAUGAGUUCUGUUGCUGGAACUGGGGUUUUUGUCAAGCUUUCGAGGUUCUUUGUGAAGUUACAGAGGUGGGCUUUGGUUAAAAUGUCUAUGAAUUCCAAGCCCUCUGGCUUAAAUGGCACAUUCAAGCGGAAGAAGCAAAAUGAUCCUUUGCAUGGGCCUAAUUCUGCCAAGAAAUGGAGGAGAAAGAUUCUGUUUCUUCUGUUUCUUUGGUUUUCAUGUGUUCUCAUCAUGGCUAGCAUUUGGUUUCUUUUGAGUUUUGAAAAUAGGGCACUGUGGAAGAAAGACAAGAAUCUAGAUACUUGUGAAGAAAAAGCUCAAGUCUUGCUCCAGCAUUUCAAUGUCAGCAAGAGCCAGCUUCAUGCUUUGGUUUCUUUGUUUUCUGAAUCAGAUCAGAUAACAUCCCCUGAAUGCCCCAAAGAACUGGGGCCUGAAAUGGCAAUGACUGAUGGCAUUGCAUGUGCUCUCAAGGCACUGUGUUCAAAGAAGCAGGAGUUUCAACCACAAGGAGGAUGGGCUGCUCAAGAUUUAAAGACUAAUGACCAAUGCGCAGCUCAAGACACAAACAUUGCGAGGAAGCUUGAGCAAUCAUUGAGAGAUGAAUUGAACAUUUUGCAAACAACCAAAAUGAGGGACCAUGCAGAAGAUCACUGUAAGAUUUUUUCUUUUGGUUUGGAAAAAGUAUGUUGGUCGAUCCUUUUUGCAAUGAUCGUGGGCUGCACAUUAUCUGGUUUUCAUUUUAAAUUCUGGAAGAAGAAAACACUGAAGCUAGUUCAUUUGGAGCCAGUGCCUCAACAGCGGCACCAACUGUUGCAGAUGAAGCAGCAACAGUUAUCAAAGGGUCCUCCUAAGGGUGCUGGAAAGUGGAGGAAGAAGCUUCUUAUAAUUUUUGUCCUGCUUGGAAUUUUUACCUCUUUUUGGUUGUUUUGGCACUUGAAUAAAAAAAUCAAGCUAAGAAGGGAAGAAACUCUUGCCAACAUGUGUGAUGAGCGGGCACGAAUGCUGCAGGAUCAGUUUAAUGUGAGUAUGAACCAUGUUCAUGCCUUGGCUAUUCUUGUGUCCACCUUUCACCAUGGAAAAGAUCCCUCCGCAAUUGAUCAGAAAACAUUUGGUGAAUAUACUGAGAGAACAGAUUUUGAGAGGCCACUCACCAGUGGUGUUGCAUAUGCUCUGAAAGUUCUACAUUCACAGAGGGAGCAAUUUGAGAAGCAGCAUGGCUGGACAAUAAAGAAAAUGGAAACGGAGGACCAGACUCUAGUUCAAGAUUGUAUUCCAGAAAAGUUGGAUCCUGCACCCAUUCGAGAUGAAUAUGCUCCUGUGAUAUUUUCUCAAGAAACUGUCUCUCAUAUUGUCUCUAUCGAUAUGAUGUCUGGAAAGGAAGAUCGUGAGAACAUCUUGAGAGCAAGGGCAUCCGGAAAGGGAGUACUUACAUCUCCUUUUAAGCUUUUGAAAUCCAACCACCUGGGAGUUGUACUCACUUUUGCUGUUUAUAAUGCUGAGCUUCCUCCAGAUGCCACACCAGAACUAAGAAUUGAAUCUACUGUGGGGUAUCUUGGUGCAUCUUAUGAUGUCCCAUCAUUGGUUGAGAAGCUUCUCCACCAACUUGCCAGCAAGCAAACAAUUGUUGUGAAUGUUUAUGACACAACUAAUGCAUCUGCUCCAAUUCUUAUGUACGGCACUAACGUUACUGACACGGGCCUCUUGCACAUCAGCAACCUUGACUUUGGGGAUCCAUUGCGGAAGCAUGAAAUGCAUUGCAGGUUUAAGCAUAAACCUCCUUUGCCUUGGACGGCAAUAAAUGCUUCAGUUGGUGUCCUUGUUAUUACUCUUCUUGUUGGCCAUAUCUUUUAUGCAGCAAUAAGCAGAAUUGCAAAAGUUGAGGAGGAUUAUUGGCAGAUGAUGGAGCUCAAAAUUCGUGCCGAAGCUGCAGAUGUGGCAAAAUCUCAGUUUCUUGCAACUGUUUCCCAUGAAAUCAGGACCCCAAUGAAUGGUGUUUUAGGUAUGCUACAAAUGCUAAUGGAUACAGAUCUUGAUGCAAAUCAAAGAGACUAUGCCAAGACUGCUCAUGAUAGUGGAAAAGAUCUAAUCUCUCUGAUAAAUGGGGUCCUUGAUCAGGCUAAGAUAGACUCGGGCCGGCUAGAACUAGAAACUGUUCCUUUUGAUCUGCGGUCAGUCCUUGAUAACGUUCUUUCACUUUUUUCAAGCAAAUCCAAUGAAAAAGGAAUUGAGUUGGCCAUUUACGUCUCCAAUCAAGUGCCUGAAGUUGUUAUUGGUGACCCUGGACGGUUCCGGCAGAUAAUCACAAAUCUUGUUGGAAAUUCUGUAAAGUUCACACGAGACAAAGGGCAUAUAUUUGUCUCAGUUCGUCUGGCAGAUGAAGUGAGAGGUCCACUUGGUAUUAGAGAUGCAGUGUUGGCACAAGGCUUGAAUUCAACUCAGGACAUGUCCGAUGAAAUUGAUAAUACAUUGAGUGGGUGUCCUGUGGUUGACAGAUGGAAAAGUUGGGCAAACUUUAAAAUGUUAAAUAGCACAGAUACAAUGGAGGAACGUGAAAUGAUUAGGUUGCUAGUUACAGUUGAGGAUACAGGUGUGGGAAUCCCGCUGGAUGCACAAAGCCGCAUUUUCACUCCUUUUAUGCAGGCUGACAGUUCCACAUCACGAACCUAUGGUGGGACCGGGAUAGGAUUGAGUAUCAGUAAAUGUCUGGUAGAUCUCAUGGGUGGGGAAAUUGGGUUUGUUAGCGAACCUGGCACUGGCAGUACCUUCUCAUUCACAGCUUCUUUCAGGAAAGGAGAAUUGAGUUCUCUGGAUACAAAGUGGCAACCUUAUUACCCUACUGUUAUGGAGUUCCAAGGUUGGAGAGCAUUGGUAAUUGAUAAAAGAAGAGUACGAGCUGAGGUCACUAAGUACCAUCUUCAGAGGUUGGGUAUAUCAGUGGAUAUAGCUUCCAGCCUGAAAUCUGCAUGUUCUUAUUUAUCGGGAGGUCGCUACACAAGUGUUCCAGCAGAUUUGGCUGUGGUUCUUAUUGACAAAGAUGUUUGGCAUAAUGAAACUGGUAUGGCUUUAAAUCAUUUGUUGAAAGAAUCCAAGCAAAAUGGUGGAACAGAAAUCUCAGUAAAUAUUCCAAAGGUUUUUCUCUUGGCUACGACCAUCAGUCCUGAUGAACGCAAUGAACUUGUAUCAGCUGGUUUAGUAGAUAGUGUAAUUAUGAAGCCUCUCCGAUUAAGUGUCUUAAUUGCAUGCUUUCAAGAAGCCAUCGGAAGUGGCAAGAAGAGUCCAGCAAAAAGAAAGAAACCUUCAACUCUUCGGAAUCUACUAAGAGGAAGGAGAAUUUUGGUGGUAGAUGACAAUAAAGUGAACAGAAGAGUGGCAGAAGGAGCUCUAAAAAAAUAUGGAGCAAUUGUUACCUGUGUGGAGAGCGGCAAGGAAGCUUUGGAACUUCUAAAACCACCGCACACAUUUGAUGCUUGUUUCAUGGAUCGACAUAUGCCAGAAAUGGAUGGUUUCGAAGCUACCCGGCAAAUUCGGUUGAGGGAGAGGCAAUUUAAUGAGCAAAUUGCAUCCGGGGAAGCAUCAGCAGAGAUGUUUGGAAAUGUGACUUAUUGGCACACACCAAUACUGGCAAUGACAGCUGAUGUAAUUCAGGCAACAAAUGAAGAAUGCAUGAAGUGCGGGAUGGAUGAUUAUAUAUCAAAGCCAUUUGAAGAAGAACAACUUUACAAUGCAGUGGCUCGUUUUUUCGAGUCUGGUUGAUAGUAUGGAUUUAGAUAUCUGUUAUUGCUCAUCUGACUUUCAUCCAGAAGCCAGCUGGCUGAUCUAUGCUGAAUUUACCUUGACCCAAAGCAUUUGACUAGCUGACUAAUGAUGGAUAGAAUGAUCUGCAACAAAUUUUUAUUAUCUUUCCAGCUCUGGAAUUUGAGACUGAAGGUGACUUGAUUCAAGUAUGGAUGAUCUGGGUAGUAAAACCAAAUGAAUGCUUAUGGCCAGUUUGUUGUCUCUGGUUUGUCACAAUUGAAGAAGACAAUGACUACCAUGAGAGUAGGCAGAUAUGAAAUGCUAGCUGUGAUCCUUGUUUGAAUGCUGAUGAGAUUAUCAAUCCAACUUCUGAUCUUCUGCUGACUCAUGCAUGAAAUCUUCGCUUUAUUUCAUGACUCAGUGUGCCCAAGGAAUUAUUUUAGCGCUGCGAACUGCAAAUGUACAACUUCAGUGUAAAGGGAGACACCGUUAAUGGAAACUCAUGGGUGUAAAAGACAUACCAGUAGCAUUUUCUCAGUUGAAAGAUAUAAUUUAAGAUUCAUUCUGAUUGUUCCAAUGAUUCAUAUAAGAGAAAGAAGUGCUGUAAAUGUAACUCUUAGUCAAUGUGUAAUGAAGGUUCAGUUUGUUGUAACUAAAAUUACAUGCACUGUAUAUAAAUUUAUUAACAGACUGUAAAAAGUUCAGACUUGAUCAAUUGAUUCUGUACUUUGAAUGA